AAGAAGGCAGAAGUUGCCUAUUUAAAGUCGACUAGUACAGGCACGUAAGCGCGCAGUUCUAUCACCAACUUCUCAAGUUAAAGACCUUCCAGAAUUUGCGGUCAAAACUUUGCAAUACUCAACAGCCAUGAACACUAAGAUAAUGAUGAUGCUUGUCUUGGUUUCGAUUUUGGUUGGAUCUUCCUUUAGCGCACCUCAGUUUUUUGGUCGUCCCGGAGGAUUUAGACAACCGGGAUUCGGAAGACCUGGUUUUGGGGGAGGCAAUGCUGCAGGAUUCGGAAACGGAUUUGUUCAAAAUAACCAAGCAGUCGGAACAGGAACCGGAAUUGCAAACGCAGGGCCAGGUGGAUUUGGUAUCGGUCUCGGAGUAGGUGCUGGUGUAGCAAGUCCGAUCGGUAAUUUUGCUUUCGGAAACGGACAGAGUAUUUCAGCUGGGAAAUAAACGCAGGAAGAAAAUUUAGCAUUGAUAUUAGCCAUAGUAACUGAUUGUUUAAGCAAUUUUAAUCAUCAUUCCCUAGGUUCACGUUUUGUUCAUUUCUCAAUUCCUGUAUUAUGUGUAAUAUACUGUUGUCGAAUA